AGCGAGCCCAGCAACUUGCCUUGGUGAUCCACGGCAUUCAAGAGAAGGCUACCUGGAAUUUAUAGCGCAAAAGAGACAGAGCAAUUCGGCAAUGCGGAAAUAGGUGGACAAUUCAUGUCACCGAGUUUGCAUCCCACUCCCAGGCUGAGGAUCUGAGAGUUCGCGGGGAUUGCAAUUAAGUGACAAGAUUUUUUUAUUUUUUUCUCUUCUUUUUUUACAUUGCGCGUUCGCGUUGCUAAAAUCAGCAGCUUUUAAAAUACACUUUGCUGAGGAUUUCAAGCAUUCUUGUGCGUUUGACAGUGGGCUGAGAAUAAACGAUAAUACUUAAGGAUCAAAGCAACUUGCUCUCUUGCUUGCGAGCAUCAACAUGGACGUGUUGGCGAAUUACAGUAUUUUUCAGGAACUUCAGCUGGUGCACGACACGGGCUACUUCUCCGCGAUGCCGUCGCUGGAGGAGAACUGGCAGCAGACAUGUUUGGAACUGGAGAGGUACUUACAGACGGAGCCCAAAAGGCUCUCCGAACUCUUCGACGAGGAACUCGACUGCCUCCUCACACCAGCCUUCAUGAAAGGGGACAGUGACGAGGACCUGAUGGACCCUCUGUUGCCCAGCUUAUCCCAUGAGUCCAGCCCGCCACCUCUGCUCGUGUCCCUUCCUAAGAUCCUCCAUGCCCCGACCAGCACCAAGAAUACAGAUGCACCGGUGAAAGAGGCCAGUGGUGGCGUGAAUCCUGCUCAGCUCAACGCCGUCACAUCCCUUACACCACCUUCCUCGCCUGAGUUGGGACGGCAUCUCGUAAAGCCCACGCAGACUCUUACCGCCACAGCUGAUGGCACGCUCACACUCAAAUUGAUGGGCAAGAAAGUUGGGCUCGGGGCAGCGAAGCUAGUGCCGACGCAUUCGGUACCCUCGCCGCCAAGCCGCGGAGCACAGAGCGAUGGAGAAGGAGGACUUGGUACAGGCGGAGGAGACAUCCCAGAGAACAAAAAGAGGGUCCAUCGCUGUCAGUUUAAUGGCUGUAGGAAGGUUUACACAAAAAGCUCCCACCUAAAGGCACACCAGAGGACACACACAGGUGAGAAGCCUUACAAAUGUUCCUGGGAGGGCUGUGAAUGGCGUUUCGCGCGAAGCGACGAACUGACGAGGCACUACCGCAAACACACGGGCGCCAAACCAUUCAAGUGCAACCACUGCGACAGAUGUUUUUCCAGGUCUGACCACUUGGCUCUGCACAUGAAGCGACAUAUCUAAGGCCGGGAGAGAAGGGAGAGAAAGAGAGAGAGAGUGAGAGAAGGAGAUGACGACAAAGAGGGAGAAGAGGAGUGCACCACCUAAAAAUUUACAAUGGACAUUGGGUGCACACGAAGGGGUCUGGCCGCAAAAAUCACCGUGAGGAACAUGCGAGGCAGCGUGGGCAAAAGUUGUUGGAUUCUACACCCUCUCGAAACAGUCUUUUCAUCAGCGAUUAGCCAUGCCUUACCAAGCCCUUGCUUGGAGGUCAGACACUGCCAAACGCCACUGUUUUUAUUUUUCCCUCAUUCUCUUUUGUACAGUUCACCACAAGCAUGGGACAGGAAAUGCCACAUCAUGUACAAAACCUAUAUGCACAUUCAUUCUUCGCAGAUGAACCGUUCUACUAGAUUCACGCUCAUUGUACAUUCUGGAAUGACUUCCGUCUUUUACUUUGUAAACCACAUCACAAUAACCAACCUGCAGCUCUGUCGUAUACAGCAAGCAACCAAACUCGUAAAACAACAUUGCCAAUACGUUCUGAUGAGUGACCAAUGGAACUAGCGGCCAAACGUAACGCCCGGCCCCCAGAAGCAGGCUCUGCGUAGAAAACUUAAAAGAGACGCGCAGCAUCGGCAACGCUCAGGAUGCGCUGAUUUCUCAUCCUCUUCGCUCAGGAGCGAACUCUUCUCUGCUCUUCACGCCUGUCACCUCACAGGCGACCGAAACGAUGCGCAGCGACACUUUCUUGCCUUUGUUUUUUAAAGACAGUGUUAAAAAGAUGGUUUGUUUUUUUUCUUCGGAGCUGAAAUGUCUUAAACUUCUGAAAGUGAAAAAACUCGACACAAGCAUAAAUGUGCACAUAUGGGCGACGGGAGGGAAUUGUAAGCCCUUCUCAGUAUGCACAAGGUUCGACUCAGUGGCUGCUAUCUGGCACUGAAAGCGAAAAAGUUUGACAAACAUAAGACGGGAAAAGAACCCCCCCC